GCACAUUUUACCGGUGAACUUGGAGGUACCCGGUUCCGGGACAGCAAGCCACUAGGCCGGACACCGCUUUGGGGACGCCAGGCUGAGUGUUUAUCAUGGCUUCCAGCCACACUGUGUUGAUGCGACUGGUAGCCUCAGCAUAUUCUAUUGCUCAGAAGGCAGGAACCAUAGUCAGGUGUGUCAUUGCUGAAGGAGACCUGGGCAUCGUGCAGAAGACCUCAGCCACGGACCUGCAGACCAAAGCAGACCGCUUGGUACAGAUGAGCAUCUGCUCUUCCCUGGCACGGAAAUUCCCAAAGCUGACAAUUAUAGGGGAAGAGGACCUGCCUCCUGGGGAAGUGGAUCAAGAGCUGAUUGAAGACGGACAAUGGGAGGAGAUCCUGAGGCAGCCGUGCCCAUCGCAGUACAGUGCUAUUAAGGAGGAAGACCUUGUGGUUUGGGUUGACCCCUUAGAUGGUACCAAGGAGUACACUGAAGGUCUUCUUGACAAUGUAACAGUUCUCAUUGGGAUUGCUUACGAAGGAAAGGCCAUUGCAGGCAUCAUCAACCAACCAUAUUACAACUACCAGAACAAUGAAAAGGAGAAGCUCAGGGAGCACAGGAAUGAAGCAAAGGCGGGACCUGACGCUGUGCUGGGCAGGACCAUCUGGGGAGUCCUGGGUUUGGGUGCUUUUGGGUUUCAGCUGAAAGAAGCCCCUGCUGGGAAGCACAUCAUCACAACCACCAGAUCCCAUAGCAACAAGCUGGUCAUAGACUGUGUGUCGGCCAUGAACCCUGACAGCGUGCUGCGAGUGGGAGGAGCAGGAAACAAGAUUAUCCAGCUGAUUGAAGGCAAAGCCUCUGCCUAUGUAUUUGCAAGUCCUGGAUGUAAGAAGUGGGACACUUGUGCCCCAGAAGUUAUCUUACAUGCUGUGGGAGGGAAGUUGACAGACAUCCACGGGAAUGCCCUGGAGUACAACAAGGAGGUAAAACACAUGAACUCGGCCGGAGUCCUGGCCGCACUGCGGAACUACGAGUACUAUGCAAGCCGAGUUCCAGAGUCCGUCAAAAGUGCACUUGUUCCCUGAAGAGGUCUUACUUAUUUACCCAGGGACCUCGGUUCAAAGGAACACAUCUAGAACUGAUUAACUGGUUGAACAAUUAGCGUUCCGCCUAGUUCAUCAUUGAUCAGUGAUUUAUUAAUAGUUAUGGAUAGAAGUUGGAAUUAAACAAUUUUCUUCAUAUUGUCUAAUACCCUCAAGACUUAGGUAUAUGAUACGAUUGUCGUUUCUCCUGCCUAAAAAAAAUUAGUCAGGUGUAGUGGCACUUACAAUAGUCAUAGCUAUUCUAGUGGUUGAGCUAGAAGGAUUGCUUGACCCAGGGCCUUGGGACUAGCCUCCAUUACAUAGCAAGAAAAAGGAAUUUACUUUUUCUAAUUAGCUAACUAGACCCAUUUUUUUUGGGGGGGGGGUAGCAUUUGUUUUUGUUUUUGCUUUUUUUGAGACAGAAUUUUUCUGUAUAGCCUUAACUUGUCCUGGAAUUCGCUCUGUAGAUGAAGGUGGCCUUGAACUCAGUGAUUCUUCUGCCUCUGCCUCCUGAAUGCAGGAAUUAAGGCUUGCCCCUCCACACCUGGCUCAAAUUUUUUAAGCAAAGAAAUGAAAAAGGAUUAGUUCCAAAUGACUGUCCAAGUCAUUUGUACAAUAAACAUUCCUGCUGAUAAACUAGAUUUCUUCAGGGCACAGAAUCUUAAGUUACUCCAGAGUUUUAGUUUUAUUUUGUUUUCACAGUAAUUGUUUAAAUUUCUGAUUCCAAGUGAGAAUGCAUAUAAUGAUAUUAUUUAUGUUGAUAGAUUUAUGGAGAAAGUGUCUUUAAAAUACAUAGUUCUAUUUCUUUAUAUUGUAUAUCAGAUUUUGUUCAAAAGUAUUUGAAAAUUAUAAAUACUGUGAGGAUUAAUUUAUUCUCUUCUCAUUAAAAUCUUUCAUUGGAAA